AGAGCCCCGGGAGCAAUGGCCGAGACGCAGGAGCUGCUGUUGCAGCUGCAGAAGGACAACCGCGACGGACGCCUGCGGAAGCAGGAGCUGGAGGAGCUGGUGCGCGGGCUGGAGGCCGAGAGCGAGAGCCUCACCGGGUGCCUGCAGGAGCUGCGCGAGCGCGAGCGCAGCCUGAAGCGGAGGGCCCAGGCGGCGCGGGCCCUGCGAGGGGAGGCACACCAGGCGGCGCGGGAGCGCGCGGAGCGGGCGCGUGGACUGCUGGAGGCUGCGGAGCAGCACAAGCUGGACCUGGAGCAACACAACCGGCAGCUGCAGGAGCAGUGGGAGGAGCUGUCAAGUCAGCUCUUCUAUUACGGAGGGGAACAACCGAAUAAGCAGCGCGCAGAGCAGCAAUUCGGGGCCCAAGUGGUGGCGUUGCAGAAACAGCUGGAGCUGGUGGAGGCCAAGUUCGUCCGGCAGGCGGAGGGCCUGCGGCAGGGUGCGCAGCGGACGGAGGAGGCCUGGGCGAGCUUCCAGGAGCAGAGCGCGGUCCUGCAGGUGCCGCCCCCUCCACUGCGACCUCCUUCCCGCUUCCGCCAGAGCUGCGGCGCCCCCGCCCCGCCCCGCCCCGCCCCGGGAGGUCUCCUCCCCGGGUCUGAGGCCUCGGUGCCCCCUCCAGGAGCUGCAGGGGAAGGUGAUGGAGGCGGUGGCUGCCCUGGACGCCUGGCGCGGCGGCCCGGAACUGAGCAGCGGCUGUUGGGCGGCGCGGGCGCGGCGGGCAUCAGGCUGUGGGCACUGGGCGCGCUGAAGAUGCUGCUGCUGCUCCCGCUCGGCUUCCUGGCGCUGCAGCUCCUCUACCUGGUGCUGGCGAACCCCGCCGCCUUCCGCCGGGGGCUCCCGCGCCUCGGCCCGGACGCCGCGCUCCGCCGCCUGCGCUACACGCUGUCCCCGCUGCUCGAGCUGCGCGCGCGCGGGCUGCUGCCCGCCUAGGGAGCAUCACGCUGGCCGCGGCCGCCUGCACCUCGGUCUCCCGUGUGGUUUCUGGGCGCUUGGGGGAGUCCUGUGUUGCGCGGGGCUCAGCGACCGGCCCUGGCACCUCGGGCUCCGCGGGCGCCGCGCCUUCCAGGCGGACCUCGCGUCCCGAGAGGCCGAGCAGGGCGCGCCCGCGCCCGGGGCUCGCGGCCAGCGCUCCCGGGAGGCCCUUGGCUGCAGCCCCUGCGGCUGCGCCGGCGCCAACUCGGAAGUUGGUCAGAAUCGUAGCGGGAAACUUGCUUUUUCCCUGCUCGCGAGCCUGAGCGGAGGGCUGCGCGGGGGUGCCCGGCAGGCCCUCUCCGCGGCGGGCUGUGAUCCCCUCGGCCCGGCCGCGGGGCUCCUUGGGUCCCGCGCGGCCCGGCGUCUGGCGGGGCGGCAGUCCCCCGGGUACCCCUGGCGCUGCGGGAGUCCGAGCCUCGCUGGGCGUGCGCGCUCACGACUGCGGGCUUCGCGGGAAAUCGUCGCUUCGCUUCUGUGAAACGCUCUGCUUAGUGGAAACGGUGACCUUUGAGUUUGUCUCGUACAAAUCCUACUUUUAUUAUUUACGGUUUUUUGGUAGUGAAGUUGUUCUGUGUAUCUCCUUGUGCACACAGACAUGGGUUUUUGCUAUGGCCUUUAAACAAUCGUUUUUUUGUUGAUUUGUAGGUGUUCUUUAGUCUUUUUUGGGUUAAAUUGUUUAUAGAAUCCUGCGUAUCAAAUUUUAUCGGAUUUAAGAAUUGUGCUUUGGGUCCUAAAAAAUCCAUUCUUGCCUGGAAGUCAUAAAGAUGUCAUACUCUAACUCCUUUCAAUUGGUGUAAACAUUUUGUUUAUCCAUUCAUUGUAACAUUUUGUUGAUAAACAUUGUGUUUGUUGAUUCAGCCUUUGGUGGACAUUUGGGUCGUCCCCCCCGUGUCAGUAAACACUUCUGUGAACACUGGUGCACGAGCGUCUGAGUCCCCGCUUCCGCUUCUCUUGGGGGUAUUCCCGGAAGUGGAAUUGCUGUACAUUGGUCAUUCUGUGUUAAAUUUGCUGAGGGACUGCCAUACCGUUCCCCACAGUGGCUGCACCAAGUUACAUUUCCACCAGCAGUACACAAGGGUUCUAAUUUCUCCACAUCCACCUCACAUUUGUUGUUUUCUGUUUUUUGUUUUUGUUUGUUUUUAAUAAUAGCCAUCCUAGUGGGUGUGAUUUUUUGCUUUGAAUUUUUAGGCAUUGCAUUCUCUAAUUUAAUUUUUAUAAUUUAUAAUUACAAAGUCAAAUCCACAAAACAAGGCGUCUUAGGGAAGUCUAGCUUUUAUUCCUGGGCCCUCCACCCUGUUGCCCCCACCCCACUUAGAAGCAGCAUUUGGUUUUGUUAAUGGACUCCUUCUUCCCCGUAACUAAGUGAAAUAGCAUCGCAGCCUCUCAGAUGCACAGCGCACUGCCAGGACCUGUCUGCCCUCCUUCAGCACCUGGCUCUGCACAGUGUGGUGCGUGGAUGUGUCGUUCACUCAGCGGUAUGGUGUGGCUGCAUUCCCAUGCUUUGCUAUUACAAACAGUACCUCAGCGAGGACCCUUCUGCGAACCUCCUUUUGUAUUUUGUCAGAAAAUCUUUGAGACUGAUUCCUGAAAGUGAGGUUGUGAGCCAAAGGGUGACCACAUACAUGAUAGUGCUAGAUACUGCCCAGGACCCCCUUGGGGUUGGACUGUUUUGCAUUCCCACCAUCAGUGGGUUUGAGGGUCCUUUUCCCCACAGCCUCGCCCAUGGUGCAUAUUGUCACCUUGGGAUUUUUGUCAGUCUGAUGGGUGAGAAAUGGCACUUCCAUAAAACUCUAAUUUUCAUUUCUCUUACCAUCAAGGUUGAGCAUAAUUUUUAAAGGCCAGUGGCCUUUCUUUUUCUAUGAACUAUUCAUAUCAUUUGCUCAUCUUAAAAAUAUAGAACUUGGGGCUGGCCCCUGUGG